AGAAGGACGCACGAUCACCGCCAGCACGACGACGACGUCGACGGCGACCACCUGAGUAUCGAUCGGAGAAGAGGUCUCGCGCGUUUGGCUGUAGCGAGAGGCGCACUGUGUGGAAGGCAGGCAGGCACGAGACAGUGGCGUGUGCUCCAGGACAGACACAGAACAUUGAGACGAGAGAAUAAUCUUCCUCCCCUUCCUUCCCUGACCCUUCCCUUCCCCAAUUCCCACUUAUUUAUUUUACCCUCGGCGUCUUGCGCGCGUGUGAAUGGGUAGACCGGGGUCUGGUACUUCCGAGCUGAGCGCGGAAAGUUCUCGCCACGUGCAUUCGCCCCGUUGUGUCGAAUUCCAGCAACAGGCAAGCACCGUUACACCCGACAAGAAGCAGAAGAAGAAGUCGACUAAGAUGCCUCAGCACCGCCCUAGGAAAAGCGGUGCUGCUGGUUCCGCUUUCGACGACGGAACCAUCAACGGGGACUACCGCCGCCCUAGAAGAAUCAGGAAGAGGUCGCUGCCGAAACUCAGCAGCCAAGACGAGGACGGGCCGACCCCUCACAGCCAGUUCACUGGAGUGCAACACUUCGAACCCAUCCCACACGACCACGACUUCUGUGAGCGAGUCGUCAUCAACGUGAGUGGCCUGAGGUUCGAGACGCAGCUUCGGACGCUGAACCAGUUCCCGGACACGCUGCUCGGCGACCCCACCCGGAGGAUCCGGUACUUUGACCCACUCAGGAAUGAGUACUUCUUCGACAGGAACCGUCCCAGCUUCGACGCCAUCCUGUAUUACUACCAAAGUGGCGGGAGGUUGAGACGGCCUGUCAACGUGCCUCUGGACGUCUUCUCGGAGGAAAUCAAGUUCUACGAGUUGGGGGAGUACGCCAUCAACAAGUUCAGGGAGGACGAGGGCUUCAUCAAGGAAGAGGAGAAGCCGCUGCCCUCGAACGAGCGACAACGGAAGGUGUGGCUGCUGUUCGAGUACCCGGAGAGUUCGCAGGCGGCGCGCGUAGUGGCCAUCAUUUCAGUGUUCGUCAUUCUGCUGUCCAUCGUUAUCUUCUGCCUGGAGACGCUGCCCGAGUUCAAGCACUACAAGGUGUUCAACACCACACUGAACGGCACCAAGAUCGAGGAGGACGAGGUUCCUGACGUCACAGACCCCUUCUUCCUCAUAGAAACCAUCUGCAUCAUCUGGUUCACGUUUGAACUGUCAGUGAGGUUCCUUGCUUGUCCGAACAAACUGAACUUCUUUCGGGACGUGAUGAACAUUAUAGAUAUCAUCGCGAUCAUUCCGUAUUUCAUCACGCUGGCAACAGUGGUGGCCGAGGAAGAGACCAGUGGCAACAUAGUGCGUGCUCCUGUCAGCCCGCAGGACAAGAGCACAAACCAGGCCAUGUCUCUGGCAAUUCUAAGAGUGAUUAGGUUAGUGCGCGUAUUCCGAAUAUUUAAGUUAUCCCGACACUCCAAGGGGCUGCAAAUCCUCGGGCGAACUUUGAAGGCCUCCAUGCGGGAACUUGGAUUGCUCAUUUUCUUCUUGUUUAUAGGUGUGGUUCUGUUCUCGAGCGCUGUUUACUUCGCGGAAGCCGGUUCCGAGAAUUCCUUCUUCAAGUCGAUUCCAGACGCUUUCUGGUGGGCUGUUGUAACGAUGACAACCGUUGGCUAUGGUGACAUGACGCCGGUGGGUGUGUGGGGCAAGAUCGUGGGGUCCCUGUGUGCGAUUGCCGGUGUGCUGACCAUUGCUCUGCCAGUGCCUGUCAUCGUGUCCAACUUCAACUAUUUUUACCACCGGGAGACAGACCAGGAAGAGAUGCAGUCACAGAACUUCAAUCACGUGACCAGUUGCCCUUACCUCCCCGGUACAUUAGGUCAGCAUAUGAAGAAGAGCUCCUUGUCGGAGUCCUCGUCAGACAUAAUGGAGCUUGAGGAAGGAAUCCUACUGGCGCGUGACGUCACCACCAAGAAGCAGAACUGCAACCCUAAACACAACAAUAACAUCAACGCGAUGAGCAUAGAGACGGAUGUCUGACUACUGGUGAAAAAGGCGUUCUUGUUGCUCUUUUGUGAAGCCUGGUUGCCGGCGUGGUGCAACUCGCCACGGUACCUCGUGUGACGUAUCCGUGGUUUUUAUGAGUGCCGCUUCACACUGUUAGCACCACCAGCAAGGUGUUAAGGUGAUAGAAAUGUUAAUGAUGAUGGUGCUUUAAUGGUCUCCCUACUGGCUUCUGCUCACCGUGUGAGAGCGAGUGAGGCAGGGGGCCCAGAAGCAGACAACAAGUCCAGUAACACUGCUGCCCCCUCUUGCAUCUGAUGCUGCAUAAGUCUGUCAGUCAGUGCAUGCUCAGAGGAAUAUACGACAUGAAGACUACGAAAUAAAUAUUGUUCUUGCCAUAAAGUUUUUAUUACCAUUGAUUAGUACUAUUAUUUUAUAAAUAUAGACGUUUGGCGUCUAUAGGUGCAUAUCGAGACAGAGGGUGAUGAGCCGGCAGUGCGUCUUUCUUAGGUAUGAGUAGCUGAGGGUAUUUUAUCAAACAGUCCGAUUGCAAGUUAUCAGAAUAUUUGCUCCAUCUUCCUACACCUCAUCCGAUCCACCCUCUUCCUCGGACAUUAUACACAACAAGUCUUGUGGCUUACCUCCUCCAUCAAGUUCUCUCUUAUCCAAUAACCAACACUGAAUAACCCAAAAAUCAUGGUAUGUUAGGUAAAAACAUGAAAAAAGGAAGGUACAUGAAUACAUGGCCCCUUGAUAACAAUUUUCUUUGUCUUUCUGUCUUUCAUGUUCCAGUUUCUUAGUCUUUCUCUCUCUCUCAUUCUCUGACUUGACACAUUGUAGUUACUUUACUCCACGUUGCCACAUCUCCUCACUUUAAUAAGGCCAGAAUCUUGUUGUAUUAAAGAGUGAAAUCUGGCAACCACGUCCUAUAUAAAGACAUGAAUAAUUCAUAGAGGUUUUCCAUUUAGAUAUGUUAUCAGCCCUAUCAGUAAGUAGAAGUAAUUUAGGAUUUCCUUGAAGCAAAUCUGAUUUGACAAAAAAGAAAAGAUAACGUAAAUAAAGGAAACAGCUUUUCUUCAGGUUAAUGAGUCAUAUAAUUACUUUUAAGAGAAACCAUAAAUCGAUAUAAAGUCUAAAUAGGUUUCGAAAUAAGUAACUAAUUAAGCAACGCAACUCAAAGCCUUCCAUAUAAUAGCUUGUUACCAUUUCUCUCGUCUCUACUAGUAUAUAGAAGGAAGGACAUGCCAUUCUACAGAGAAGCUACUAGUUAUAAUAAUACUAAUAAUACAAAAGAAAUUACUCUAACUAAUACUCCAGAACGUUAAAACUGCUACCAAGCUGUAGGCCAAAGCAAGUCCGUAGUAACUUAUAGCUGUAUUUAUACCUCCAGUGUUUUCCAGAUACCUUCUCUGCGCACACGCAUACGUACAUCUGUUGCGCCAUUGAGUAAUGGAAAACUUGCAGAAGAAUAUAUGAAGUAGCACAAGUGUAGAUGAAUUUAAAAAAAAAAUAAAAUGAAACCAAACUGUCGCCAGACUCGAGUUGUUGAAGAUGUUAGCCUACUCGCUCAUUGAUUCAUUCCGCUGUUGGUCGGUCGAGCGUCCGGCUGCGUCUGUUGCUUGAAGGGAGACCGCUCGCUAACAUUUCAAUAGAGAAAUAAACUACAGUUGUCAUUGUUGCAUGCAUGAUGAAGCGCGUAUGCCAGCGUUUGAGGUUAUUCAAGGGGAGUUCUUUUUAAUGCCCCCGGUGAUAUUUAUUAAUAAUAGUUUGAACGAGUGGAGCUAUUACUAAGUAAAAUAAUAAUAAUAUAAUAAUAAUUAUACAACAUUACGAGGAUAUUUGAUCGCUCACACGGAGACAGUACUAUACAUAAUAAAACACGUAGGCUAAUGUAUUGAGAAACCAUUGUGUACGUUAUUAUGUAAUAACUGAAGAUCAUCAUUUCUUGUUGAAUACUUGAUUGUGAACAAACUAGUUCCAAACCGAGCACUGUUUUAAGUGCUUUUAAUUUUGGGCUGUGUGGAAGCGAAGUAGGGUUGGAUUUGGCUUCUUGCCUAGCUCCAAAUUUUACCACUUAUGGCGAUUCAGAUCCAUUCCUCAGACAAAAGGGUUUCUGUCCAUUUUUUCCCCCUACCUUGACCCCUCUCUGACCCUGUUACAUUCAAGUACCCAUCCUCUCCUGUGUAGUGCCAUUGUGAAUCAACUCGCUGCAUUGCUCUGCUACUGUUGCUUGUAGCGUAACAUGCAGACCAUUGAUAGCAAUUCGGACUACAGCAUAUAUACUCUACAUUAAUACAUAUCCAUACCGCUUUUACUGCUCUGUGUGUAUGUGUGUGUACAUGGCACUUCUGCAGUGCAUGAUGCCUUAGUGGCAUGCAAGAGUGCAUGAUAUCAUGCACAAGAAAUAUAACAGGUUGUGAAUGUUUUAGAGGAAAGUGCAAUUGAUGACAGGAGAAGAGAAUUCGUGCGACCGAGUCACUCAAAAAGCUGUCCAAAGUGGAUAUAGCACGUCCAUCAUCAACGCUGUCGAAUAGUGCCAGCCCCAACAACGGUCAGGCACAAAGGUUGAACGUGCUGUUGUAUUAUUUAUAUCUAUUUUUUGAAUCGUUAAUUUUUAAAUAGGCUGAUCGCAAUAUAAGUCUGAUCAUGACCUUAAAAUAAGUAACAUUAGCUUAGGGAAAAAUGGCACUAGUCAUGUUUGUUACAAUUUGAAAAAUUUUAUAUAUGUGUUGAUUAAUAUUUACAACAUUCCUCUAAUGUAAGCAGAAUAAGUUAUGUGCAUGAUCCUACAUUACUGUUAAUGGCAUGCAGAAGUGGAUCAGGCAGAAGGCAGCAAACAAACAUAAUCAAAAACAGUUACUGUGAUUAAUACUAGAGGCAGCACUGUGUGACUUAAUUGGCCAAUCUUGAAGUUGAGUAACUUGCAAGGAAAGACAAAUGAUCAUUCCAGAAGAGAUGUGAGAUGUAUAUAUAUAUAUGUAUGAAUUAUGAUUGUCUCUGCUAUUUGUCACUGUAACUGUAUACUGAAUCAUGUAUGCCAACACUAUAGUAAAAAAUUAACUUUACAGCCCAUGGACAUACUGUUUCCAUAAAUAGUCUAUGCUCAGUAGAACUGAGAAUACUUCAUAUAGCCUUUCUUCAUGUGUUUACAGAUGGCCAACAUAUCCUCAGUAAACUCAUGAAGACCUGCACUGUUACAAACCGUCACAUUCUCUACAAUUAAUAAGGAUGAAACAUGACAAUGAAGUGCUAUGCUAGAAAAGAAUGGCACUGUUGUAUCAGGAGAUUAAAUGUUUGGGUCUUCUUCUUUCUGUUAUGGAAAGAAUGCUGUUGGUUGGUUCAAGGCUAUUUAACUCUUAAAAUUAUCCUUUGCUUUUCAACAUUCUGUGAGUGACACCAUAUUUACAGAGAACUGAUUUAAUAAAUACAAAAUUCCUCCACAUAAUAUAAGGAGUGUGUUAUUAAAAAUUUGCCCAUAUCACUAUAUUUCAAAAUGCAAACCCAGUUUUUCUGUUGAUUCCUGUGUUAUAAAUGGAGGCUGACCAUGCCACAGCCUAGGCAACUAAUCACCAGCUUCCUACUGUGGUGGCCCAGGCUUGAUCCCAGGUCAUGUAAUGUAUGAUUUGUGGUGGACAAAGUGGCACUGGGGAAAGGUUUCUAUGAGUACUGCAGUUUCCCCUGCCAAUUCUCAUUCCACCUACUGCUCCACACUCAUCAUCAUCUAUCACCCAGGGCUGAUACAGUAGGCCUUGCUGACAUACCGAAUGAACUCACUAUAACCUCACCCCAGGAAAUUAAAAAAUGAUAUACAUAAAUGGAGAUGCAUUACAAUGGUAAUACGUCAUGUCCAUGUUUAUAAAAAGACACCCUUCUUUCUCCAUCAGAAAUAAUAGAUGGCUUACAGGUGUGCAGUUUCUUGGCAAAUAACCUCUGAAAGAGUUCAAUUUAGGCUGAAUUUGUUGCUAUUUUACAUUUUGUUCUUAAAAGUGUAAUAUUCAUACCAAAUUCAUGUAAGGGUGACUUUUAUGCUCAUGUUUCAUAAGUUCAUAAGGGUAAAAUUCUGUAACCAGAACAUCUGUACUGGAAGCAUUCACUGCAUUAUUUUGCUCUAGAACACCCUGGGUAACACCACACUUUGAGACAUCUGUGGUAAUGAGUGCAAAGGCAAUAUUGAAAGCCAUGUCUGAUAAGUUAAAAUUCCAUCAUUAACUUGUAUGGAAACUGCACUGAACUGAAAUCUUACAUGUAUUACUUUAUUUCAAAAGUAAGGUUGAAUUUGGCCCCCUUCUGGACCCUCUCUACCCUGCUGAUGGGGCAGCAUGUAACAAGUAGCAUUGCAAUUCUUCUUGCCCCGCCCCCCACCCCCACUCCCAAAACUACAUAUAUCCAGAUUGUGGUCUUUUGAGUUGUGACACAGUGCAUCCUUAUACAUGGAUACCAACAUUAAGGAGGACUGUGAUGCUCUCCUUCUUCAGGCUCAAAGCACAUGGAGUGCCUCCAAAAUGUUGGUAUCCAUGUAUAAGGAUACACUGUGUCACAACCCAGAAGACUGUGAUAUGAGAGUAGUCACCACUGUAAACACAUCCUUAUAACUAAAUAUAUCUCAUUUGCCACUCAGAUUUGAUGCAGUAUAUUGAGGUCUCAGAAAGAAGCCCCAUGGAUAGUGGAGAUUAUUAUUAUUAUUCAGGCUUCCCCCUCUCUUCUGUUGUAUUCCUCUCCAUUACCCCCUGUCAUAUAACAGCCAGUCUGAAGCACCUGCUACUAGCAUACAACCUGUGGUUAUUUGUAUGCAGAGAAUGGUAAAAUGCCAGGAGAGUAAAGGGAAAUACACUACAGGGGAAGCAUAACAGCCUGAGGGUGAUGAAGCGGGGAUAAAUCCAUGGGACUUUCUUGCUGAGGCAUGAGUAUAGCAAGAGCUCACUAUCACAAUAUUCCUGAGCUCAUAAUAAGAUGCAAUGUAUAUAUUACAGAUUAAAAGUUUAUAUUUAGACUCUUUAAUACUUUUAAUAAGUAUUUUAAAAAUAUAAUUACAAUGAAUUUUAAGUCAGAGGAACCUAAACAGCAUUAAGCACACUCCAAAUCAAAUUACUCUGAACUGUAAACAGUUCUGAUCUCAGUGAAUGGUGGGUGCCAUUUUUUUUAAAAUCCCACAUGAUAUAUAAGUGUUCCAGUAGAUAAAUUGCCAUAUAUUGACUCCUUACUGUAUGUUGUGGGCUUAUAUAAUAUGUUGGGGCAGAGCUGCUGCUGUUGUUAAUUUGAGAUUAAUAUAAAUAUUUGUGGGCUCAAGACAUGUUGAUGUCAUUUAUCUGUUUAUUGUUUCUGUAUGUGUUGGCAUACGGAAGUGAAAGUUAAACUAAGGUAAGAAAUUUAUUAAUUGAACUCUCAAUUAAAUGUCUUGAAUUGAAUUCUUACUAAUAAUAUUUAUCAUAACAUUAAUGAUAAAAACAGUGUGGCAUACUUACAUAUUGAAGUUCCUCAUUUUUCUCACACUCUGCCAUAGAUAUGGCUAAGCAAAUGUUGAAUCAAGCUCACAAGAAAUGGGAAUGUGUCAGCAAGUCUGGCAGAGCAAUAACAGAAUUAAAUUUGUAUCUCAUUAGUUAUCAGAAAAUACCAUUGUUCUGAUGUUUUGUUGUUUUGCAGUAAGUUUUAAUUAUUUUGCAGUCAAUUUUCAGUACACAGAAACCCUUACCCUUCUCAGGUAUAUAAUUCAGCUGGACAUACCUGUUCGAAGGAGGUCAUGACCUAUUCAUUGGAGGCCAUGCAUAUGUCCUCUGUGUUGAAAAGGAUAAAAAUUCGUGGAAACGUAUUGAUGAAUAAUUGUAUAAAUUGUUGAAAAUGUUGUCUCUAGUCCUUAGCAACUUGACUUUACGCUCUUUGAUGGACAUGCUAUAACCGCUGACUGUAAAGCUGUCAGAGUAGUAAGAAACUAAAAGAAACAACAACAAUAAUUCUGCACAGCUGAAGAUUGUUUUCAAAUCAUAGUUAGCCUCUUUGGAGGAUUCAGUCUGAGCUAACAGAUGCUAAAGUGAUUUCCAUUUAGCCAUUCAUUGCAGGUAGCCAAGCCACAUAAUAUUCCAGGCAGUAUUACAAUAUUGUAACUAAUCUAAAUAAGAGCCCAAAUGUAGGUUUAGUAUGCCAUCUAGAGCCAGGGAAUAAAAUCUUCAGUUUAUUAAUACCAAAAAUAAUAAUGAUAAUAAAUAAGUAAAUAAUAAGACUAUAAUAAUAAUAACAACAAUAAUAGUAAUACAUAUAACGCAAGUAAAGUGACAUACAGAGUAAGUUGCGAUAUUUACACAGACAGCGUGAAGCAUUGAGUCAGCUUUCAACCUUGUGCAACAUGAGUCAAUUAACUACACUCGUCUGAACGAUCAUUUUUAUAUCCACUUCUUUGUAUUGCAUCAUGUACAUAAAGUGUAAAUAUGACACCACUGUUUGUUUUACACCUGAUAAUGUUUAUUGUUGACAAAUUUUAAGAAGUAUGUAAAUGGUUAUUUUGCUUUGUUGAGUGGAUUCAAAAAUUCUACUGAUGUCAUAUGUCCCUCUAUCUUUUGCAAGCAGAGGAUGGGCAUUUUGAGAAUCACCUUAUUAUAUGAUCAUGAUAAUAGUAACAACUAUUUUCAUGAACAGACUGACAGUGCAGCUGUGCUACAUGGUUUAGCACAUCAUAAUAUUACAACUUCUUUUGACUUUGGGCAAUAGAAUCUGGUUCUAGAUUUUCCUCUAGAUUUCUGCUUGUCUUUUCUUUCUCUCAUCAUGUACCAGUAAUUAAGUACUGUUGUUGACUAGGUCCCAAAGAACUUGCUUUGAAAGUUUGGGACUUAGCCCACACCAUGUCACAAGUAUUUCUUAUUUCUAACAUUUGGAGACAGAAUUAUUAAAAGUCAGUCUUAACACUUUUACAGCCUGUAUAACAAUCUGAAUUUAUAACAGAAUGUUUGUUUACUGCCAAUAUUAUUCACUAUGUCAGAAAGGGUCAUUGGCUGGAAUCAGUCAAAUCCAUAGGACUUAAUGAUAAUAAAAUUGUUCUAGAAAUCGUUCUAAUAUGAAUGUUUCCAAGAUUGGACUCAGUCUUUAAUCAUUGUUAACUUUGGAACUAAUUGAGUUUCUCCUUCCAUGUUUUCCAUAUGGAUACGUUUGAAGAAUAAGUGAAUUUUAGUUGGUGGUGUGUUUGAAUGUACAGAUUACUGUGGCAGACAAUAGCCAUCCGCCUGUUUGUUGGUUCCCUCCCCCCUCUGCAUUUCCAUGGCUUCUGUGAAGACGGUCCAGUAGACCCUUUGAAAGAAGAAUCCAUGCUAUUCGCCCAACCAUCUAGAACUUAGCCAGAGCAAGCAAUUUCCUCUUCCUGCAAGGCUGGCUCCCCUCCCCAAAAUCACUACACAAACCACAGAUUCUGUCCAAGCGAUCCUUGUGGAGAUAUCAAACCGCCCGCCGCCGCUCUUCAUCUGCCACGGUUUCUCUCCACCGUGGACCGAAGUGUGUGCUUUUUUCAAUGCCAAUAAAACUUUUAAAAUGAUUGUGAAUGUGUGAGUCAUUGUCAUGAAUAGCAACAACAAUGCCCAAGCGAAAAGUCCUCCAAGAGUUCUUUCCUUUAUUUAUUUAUGCUUCUUUGUUUGUUUCACAGAGUCAGGCAGUAAUAUGGGAUUUUUUAUUGUUUUUUUAAUUGAUUGUAUUUAAAAACUCCUUGGCUGUGCUGUAUGAUGCAUCUCCUGCCUACCAUAUGAAUACUACUUCUGUGUUAUACCCCUUGUGUUAUAUCAGGUCGAAUGGGCAAUAAAAUGAAAUGAAUGCCAUUA